AUGGCCUCGACCCGGCGAAAAGUGUACUUGCGGUUUCUCCCACUGCGUUGCAAGGAACAACAUGCAGUCCAUUGCUGCGGUCCUGGCCACGAUUUGCAUUGUGGCAGCAAGCGAAGACCGCAGUUGUGGCAAGUUUGGAGCUUGCAGACCUCCAAAGUGCGGCCCUCUGGAAGUCCCUGUAACCGGCGAUCCCCGACGGGACGUAUUCUGCCGGCCGCUAUUCACGCCCCCCUGGCAGCUGCGCAAGCUUCGCAGCUGCCUUUGCAAGCGGCGCUACCUGCGCAACUCCUGGGGCAAGUGCAUUCCGCGAUUGAACUGCAUAUCUUGCAAGUUCCGAUGGCAAAGAGAUUAUCACCCGUGUGCGUCCGGGUGCCCCGCGACGUGCAACAAACCGUUCAGCGCCUCGUGCAACCUACCAUGUGUGGCCGGAUGUUUCUGCCCGCCUGGCUGGGUGGUGCACCCAAGAAACUCGAACAAGUGCAUCAAAGCCUACACGUGCCUUCCAAGAUGUCCAGUAAACUCAAGUUUCCAGGCUUGCGUAUCGAGUUGCCGGCCCAAAUGCGGUCAAAAGCCACCGAAGAAAUGCGUCCUUAGUUGCGAAAGGGGAGCCUGCAUAUGUUAUAAGGGGUACAUCGAAUUGGAGCGAGAUGGAAAGAAGACGUGUGUGCAUCAGGCAGUGUGUUCUCGGGAUGCUCGGACGACACCUUUAUUUCAGCCCAACGCAACUAUGUACCCUGGCGGCACGGAGGGGUCACCUACUGCUACAAAUCUAGCUGGUGGAGCCACCACAAGGCUGGAGAAUGCGGGCUCUGCUACUGCCCCAGUUCCCUCCAAUCGUGCACGAACACAAUUGGAGGGGCGUACGCCCUCAAGCGGCCAUUCAGAAUAUGGCGUAGGCGGUACGAGUGCUGGUACAGAAGCGGGAGUUUCAGCAGUUACCGUACCAGGACGUUUGAUUGGCAGUGAGGAUACACGCUCAUUUGGUGCCGGAGGAAAUAUCUAUACGGGCACCUUCACAGGUACAGGAGCUACAGCAGCAGGUAGAGGAGAAGCAAUGAUUGUAUCCAGAUCAGAAGGUGCGCGCUCUACUGGAACCGAAGGGUUUCCUUCGGCCAGCGCUAGAACAAACUCACCUGGGGCAGACCCAAGCAUUAGUGCAGCCCCCCUCGAAGCCAGGGCUGGAGAAGUUGAGGCACGUGCAGCGUUAGCAGUUCCCCCAGUGGAUGGUGGGUAUGAUUUAGGAAGCGAAAGUCCAAACACAGAGGACAGUGGUGUAAUUACGGAGACGAACUAGCAGCUGCUACUGUUCCCGAUGACGGAGAGGAUGUCAGUGCAACUAUACAACGGACACCGUUUGUUACCACUCCAUCGGGUAGCGUGUGAUUCAAUAGCGUAGUUACUCACUCACCAAGUGCAGGAAGAAAUUUUUCAGACAGUGCCAAAUUAGAUAGAGGGUGCGUAUAUUACACCUACAUAUAAUGUGCCUAAGAGUAUUUCAUAAAAGAAUGUUGGAAUAAGUAACCACUAAAUAUGUUUAUAAACUGCAUAUAAAGUGUCAUAUGUGAUAUUGCUAAGCUGGGGAUCACUGUACAUGGGUGAAGUUGGUUGUUGAACGGUUCAGUGAGUCACCACAGCAAAAAAGUGACGAACACGUGAGCGAGUUAUUUAGGCAAUCAUUCAAACGGCCUUAUGCGCUCUAAUGUAGCCGGAAUCUAUGUUAUUUCAAGAAGGGUGAAAUAAAAAGAACAAGAAACUGGCCGUAUUCUAGGUCCACUUGCAACUGCCAGGUUGACGCAGGAGUACACCUGAAUAUACUCUACCCGAAAACCACUGGGGAGAUAACGUGAAAUAGGUACUCGGUGUAUAUGCAAACUAGGCUUCUACGACUCACUGAAUUCCGUCACUACACAUAUAUGCGUGAGAAACCAAAAGAGGGGCGUUUAACGAUCGGCAAAAUGCUGCUUACCUUUUAUACCAAUGUAGCCUCUCUACGCCACUUACAUGUCUCAACAUUCACUCUUGGUCGACAAUGAAGGUACAACAUGAUUCUGCAACUCCCUCAUUAAUUUCAGUGCCCUCACCGCAAUGACACUAUUCAUGACACUAAAAAAUAACAAUCAGCAUGACGCCAUCCUUGGCUGUAUGCCUAUGGCGAAAUCUCUUUAACACUGGCAGUUCAAAGCAACCAAGGGAUUUGAGCUUUACCCGUACAUCAACAAGCAGGCUACUUUGAAAAACUGAGCAAUUUUUAGUUGCGGCGUUUUCGAAAUAUUCGACUGCCGAGACUACAUUAUGUUCACAUGGAUACACGCAGAAUUUCGAACUUUGUCUUGUUUGUGAAUAGCUGCACUUACAUAAGCAAAGCCAAAUCUACGCUUCGCCAUUGAUACCAGCAGUUUCGUCGAGUGGUGACGAACGUAUCUUUGUCACGCCAAGCUACAUACAUUCCAUUUGUUCAAUGUCUUUAAGAGCAGGAAUGUCAAUCACCAGAUACAACAUGAACUUUGCAUAAUUAUUAUGGGAUGGUUGUUUCGCUUUAUUAUUUUGUGCUUGCAGACAUUCCAUGACAAUAUUUUUACUUCAAUGACAAUUAAAUAAAUGC